AUGUCCUGUAUUAUACAUUGCUGUUUAAGUUAUGUUUCCUAUUGUACAAUAGUGAGUCGAGGAGUACUGUCACUACUAAUAAAAAUCUCUGUGGAUCUAAGUUAUAAUCUAAAACUUGGAAAUAUGACUUCAUUCAUAUUUAAUUAUCAUCUAAUUUGA